AUGAAAGUGUUCUGGACCAAAAACUCUGUAAUGGGUGAAGAGUCUCCAGAUCUGUCUGAGGAUCCUGAAUACAGUCAGAGGCUUCAGUGUGCUCUACAUGGACACAGUUACACCUCUCCUGCUGCUCAGCUCAGUGUCACGUAUGCACCCAGGAGCGUUUCAGUGUCCAUCAGUCCAUCUGUUGUAAUAGUGGAGGGAGAUUCAGUGACUCUGAGCUGCAGCAGUGACUCAAACCCUCCUGCAGAAAUCAGCUGGUUUAAAGGAGGAAGGUUUGUAGGAUCUGGAAGAAUCUACAGCAUCUCAAACAUCAGCUCUGAUCACAGUGGAGAAUACAAGUGCAAGUCCAGAAAUGAACAUGGAGAGAAAUACUCUGAUGCUUUGACUUUAAACAUCAUGUAUCCUCCCAGGAGCGUCUCAGUGUUCAUAACUGGAUCUGGUGAAAUAGUGGAGGGAGAUUCAGUGACUCUGAGCUGCAGCAGUGAUUCAAACCCUCCUGCUCUGAACUUCAGCUGGUUUAAGGAGAAUCAAAGCUCAGCUGUUGGAUCUGGACAGAGUUUCAGUGCACUACAGAGUGGACGCUUCUACUGUGAGGCUCACAAUCAACAUGGAUCUCAGAGAUCAGAUGCUGUUACUGUCACUGUUAAAGUUCAUCCUGGUGCUGAUAUGAACAUGAUUGCGAUCGCAGCAGCAUCUGGAGGAUCAUUCAUCAUCAUCGUCAUCAUCAUCAUCAUCAUACUAUUUAUAAUGAAAAGGAUAAAGAGAAGAUCUACUAUACAAGAGUAUGAGACCGAUGAUCGCAGUGCAAGCUCAUAUGCAGCUCUAGACCUCAAAUCCAGAUCUAAUGACCUGUACAACACGCUCACAACUGUCCCUCCCACACCUGCUGUUCACCAGUAGGGAUCUUCUGAUUAUGAGAAUCUGCCACCAUAUCACAAGACGCCACAGUAAGAUGAAGCGCAAAUUAAACUUUACUCAACUUUUGUCGCGUUUCUGGACAACCACAUCACAACUCCUGAUGAAAAUGAAGUGUUGGGGAAAGUUACUUUUAAAAGUAAUGCAUUACAAUAUUGC